GUCAUACCCAGACCUUGACCGGGUCAGAUCCAUGAUCCAAUGGACCGAUCUAAUUCCAAUUUCGGGAGAAAUAGACGACGAGCAGCUCUCCGAAUCGCCGUUCACCCCAUCAAUUGCUUCGCUUCCUCUCUCUCUCUCUCUGAUCUCUCCUUAGAAAACCCUAGUCGAUUUGAGGAAGAAACUCGCGGUCAUGGCCUACGUUGAUCACGCCUUCUCCAUCUCCGACGAGGACAUCUUCAUGGGAGACACCAGCCGUGCCAUCCAGAACCGCCCGCCUGUCAAGGAGAUUGCAUUCGCCGUAUCCCUCCUCGUCUUCGGCUCCGUUUCCAUCGUCGUCGGCUUAAUCAUGGCCGCCAACCGCAUCGGCGGCGAUCGCGCCCACGGGGUUUUCUUUGCGAUACUGGGAUCGGUGCUGUUCCUGCCAGGGUUUUACUACACGAGGAUAGCGUAUUACGCGUACCAGGGUUAUAAAGGCUUCACCUUUGACAACAUUCCUAUAGUCUGACUGUGGUUUUUAAUCUUUCAAUCAUGAGAGUUUCGGCUUUGUAUGACUUCUUCCCUGUAUAGAUUACUUAAUCGAAGCUAUAAUUGGUCAACUUGAUAUGUACAUACUGCAUUAAAUCAAGCCUUUGAAGUGCUUGUUGAACAGUCCAAAUUAAAAGAAGUAAUUUGUUGUCGUUUGGAUCGUAUGAAAUGUUAGUGAAAAUUUCAUGUAUAUUGCACUAUGUAAUUGCACUUUGACAAA